AUGCCUCAAGCCGCCCCGCAGAGCAUCAAUUUGCCUGAGAAUCAUUUGUAUGAUGGCCAAGGACCCUUUAGUCCGCACGAGGAGGUUGUAUCCAGCGCGAGUGAUACCGAGUACCAGCAUGCUUUGGAGGUGAUCUUCGAUGCCCAAAAUGCGCAUCGCAGGAAGUCCUCCCUUGUUACUGCCGAACCCCCCGCAAACCUACUACAACGGCGCAAGAACACUGAAUGCUAUGUACAUGCAUUACUAGAGAGUCAAAGGAAACAUGGCACAUCCAAUACUGGGGGUCUCGAAGACAUCGCCGAGACGCUUGCGGAACGAAGGAUAGCAAGCGGUACGGACACGAACGCAGACUCGACUGUUGAACCCAAGCGUGAGAUUGACGAUGGAUCUACAGGACAAGAGGACGAGAAGUCCUGGACAGAUCGCAUGCAUGCCAAACACGGCAAUCCAUUGGCAGAUGGCCAGAAAGUCAAAGUUAGCGAUGAUACGGACCCGAAUGCAGUCCAUAGUCGACUUCUCACCAAGAAACAGCUAUCUGAUAUGGCCUGGGGAGUCAGAGAGCUCAGCAAACGGCUGGGAAGCAUAAAGCUGAAGCUGAAGGUCAAGACUGUGUUCCUCCUCACCAAAGUACACGAUGAAACUUUGAUUGGCAAUACUAGGGAAGUUGCCAAGUGGUUACUGAGCCCGGAGCGGGAAGUCAGAUACACCGUUUACGUGGAAGAUAAUUUGCGUGAUAAUAAGAAGUUCAAUUCGAGAGGUCUGAUCGAAGACCUAGGAAAGCAGUAUACCCAGAAGGACGAAACCAAAUGGGAUAAUGGAAAUCCUGAGAAGAGACUCCGGUACUGGAGUAACAAUAUGUGCAGGACACGACCCCAUACCUUUGAUUUUGUGGUUACUCUUGGAGGUGACGGGACAGUUCUAUACGCCAGUUGGUUAUUCCAGAGGAUUGUACCUCCGGUUUUAAGUUUUGCUCUGGGCAGCCUGGGAUUCUUGACGAAAUUCGAUUAUGAUGAAUUUCAGGAAACAUUAACGAAAUCUUUCAGAGAUGGAGUGACGAUAAGUCUACGGUUAAGAUUUGAAGGCACUGUUAUGAGGAGUCAGAAGAGGAAAAAGAAAAUUCAAAAUGGUGAUGCAGAUCCGGGAGCAGCAGAGGAGGACUCGAAUGAAACUCGGGAUCUUGUCGAGGAGUUGGUUGGAGAGGAGAAAGAAGAUGAGAGGACACAUCGACCAGACGGAACAUAUGAGAUCUUGAACGAUAUCGUCGUUGAUCGUGGUCCAAAUCCAACAAUGUCCUCCACGGAAAUCUUCGGCGACGAUGAACACUUCACCUCAGUCCAAGCAGAUGGUGUCUGCGUUGCUACUCCCACUGGUUCAACAGCCUACAACCUUGCAGCUGGCGGUUCCCUCUGCCACCCCGAAAACCCUGUGAUCCUCGUCACCGCCAUCUGCGCACACACUCUCUCCUUCCGUCCUAUCAUUUUGCCUGAUACCAUCGUUCUUCGAAUCGGUGUUCCCUAUGAUGCGAGAGCAAGCAGCUGGGCGAGUUUUGAUGGUAGAGAAAGGGUAGAGUUAAGACCGGGAGAUUACGUUACCAUUAGUGCGAGUAGAUACCCCUUUGCCAACGUCAUGCCGCAUGGAAGGAGGAGUGAAGACUGGGUUAAUAGUAUCAGUGGGAAGUUGGGGUGGAAUACGAGGCAGAGACAAAAGAGCUAUAAAGAGUGGAGUUAG